GGCGGAGGCUACACAACUUAUAGUAGCGCAACUUUCGGGGUUGACGGUCCUCGAUUCAUGGCACGUGGCAUCACAUUCCGGAACACGGCCGGUCCACAGAGAGGGCAGGCGGUGGCUCUCCGGUGCUCCUCCGACCUCUCCGUCUUCUACGGCUGCAGCUUCGAAGGCUACCAAGACACCCUCUUCGUCCUCGCGCAACGCCAGUUCUACAAAUCAUGCCUCGUCUACGGCACCAUUGACUUCAUCUUCGGCAACGCCGCCGCCGUGAUCCAAGACAGCAUAAUCUACGUCCGGAAACCCAUGUGGGGCCAAAUCAACGUCGUCACCGCCCAAGGCCGGGCGGACCCCUACCAGAACACCGGAAUAUCCAUCCACAACUGCCAAAUUACCACCGGCCCGGACCUUAAACCGGUGGCGGGGUCCUACCAGACGUUCCUCGGACGGCCGUGGCAGAAACACUCCAGAACGGUGGUCCUAACGAGUUACAUAGAUGGUCACGUGAACCCUCAGGGGUGGUUACGGUGGCGAAACUCGGACUUUGCGUUGACCACGUUGUACUAUGGAGAAUACAUGAACAGUGGGCCCGGGUCAACGACAACGUCGAGGGUGACGUGGCCGGGUUACCAUGUUAUUACCAGUCCGGAUGUUGCGGCGAAUUUUACUGUGUCUAAUCUUAUUGCUGGUCAGGGGUGGUUGCCUUCUACUGGGGUGCCGUUUACUGCGGGUUUAAUGUGACAUAAUUGUGAUUAUGAUUGGGUGGAUCGUGUUUAAUGUUUAUUUAAGUGAUUUUUAACUUCGUGCAUUUUAGUGUUGGCUCG